UUUGGAUUUCCCAUCCGUCACGCAUUCCAACGCCUCAUUGUUUCGUCGUCUUUAAAUCGGUUUGCUCCAAACGGUGACCAUACCCGCUGAAGGGAACGAUGGGUUCCAUCGAAGAAGAAAGGGCUCUCCUCGAUGAUAGCCUUGUGGAGGACCAACCCAAAUUGUAUGCUGAAGAUGGUUCUGUUGACAUCAAUGGAAACCCUCCACUGAAGCAGAAAACUGGGAAUUGGAAAGCUUGCCCAUUUAUUCUGGGCAACGAGUGUUGUGAGCGGUUAGCUUACUAUGGUAUCGCCGGCAAUCUUAUCACUUACCUCACCUUUAAAUUGCACGAGGGCAACGUUUCUGCGGCUAGGAACGUCACGACAUGGCAGGGAACGUGCUACAUCACCCCUCUCAUCGGAGCCAUCUUAGCCGAUGCUUACUGGGGGAGAUACUGGACCAUCGGUUGUUUCUCCGCGAUCUACUUCGUUGGAAUGGCUGCACUGACGCUCUCAGCCUCAGUUCCGGCCUUGAAGCCAGCCGAAUGUGUCGGUGCCCUGUGCCCUCCUGCCACGUCAGCUCAAUACGCAGUGUUCUUUUUCGGGCUUUACCUGAUAGCCCUUGGCACAGGAGGCAUCAAACCAUGCGUCUCAUCUUUUGGUGCAGACCAGUUUGAUGACACUGACUCACGUGAACGUGUCAAAAAGGCUUCUUUCUUUAACUGGUUUUACUUCUCCAUCAAUAUUGGUGCGCUCGUGUCAUCAAGUCUUCUAGUGUGGAUUCAGGAGAAUUGCGGGUGGGGCCUGGGCUUCGGGAUACCCACUGUUUUCAUGGGUCUCGCUAUCGUUAGUUUCUUUUUCGGGACUCGGCUUUAUAGGUUCCAGAAACCGGGAGGGAGCCCAAUCACAAGGGUUUGUCAGGUCCUUGUUGCCUCGUUCCAUAAGUUGAAUCUCAAUGUCCCUGAAGACAACUCGCUUCUUUAUGAAACACAAGACAAGAACUCUGCCAUUGCUGGAAGUCGGAAAAUCGAGCACACAGAGGAUUACAAGUGUCUAGACAAAGCGGCUGUCCUGUCAGAGGACGAAGUAAAAUCCGGCGACUUUUCCAACCCUUGGAGGCUAUGCACGGUGACGCAGGUUGAAGAACUCAAGAUUCUGAUCCGUAUGUUUCCCAUCUGGGCAUCUGGUAUCCUGUUCUCAGCCGUCUAUGCCCAGAUGUCCACCAUGUUCGUCCAACAAGGAAGAUCCAUGAACUGCAAGAUUGGUUCCUUCGAGCUCCCUCCUGCCACUCUGGGGACAUUCGACACAGCCAGCGUGAUCGUGUGGGUCCCGCUCUACGACCGCGUCAUUGUGCCCUUGGCUCGGAAGUUCACAGGCGUGGGAAAGGGAUUUACCGAGCUCCAGCGCAUGGGGAUCGGCCUCUUCAUCUCAAUCGUGGGCGGGGCGGCUGCAGCCGUAGUCGAGAUUGUCCGGCUCCACCUGGCCCGAGAGUACGGUCUGGUGGAGUCAGGGGCUGCCGUGCCGAUGAGCGUGUUCUGGCAGAUCCCGCAGUACUUCAUACUUGGGGCGGCGGAGGUGUUUUUCUUCAUCGGGCAGCUGGAGUUUUUCUACGACCAGUCACCGGACGCGAUGAGAAGCCUGUGCAGUGCGCUGGCGCUUCUGACGACGGCGCUGGGGAAUUACCUGAGCUCGCUGAUACUGACGGUGGUGACGUAUUUGACGACGAGGGGAGGGAAGGAAGGAUGGAUUUCGGACAACCUCAACAAGGGCCAUCUCGAUUACUUCUUCUGGCUUCUGGCCGGUCUCAGCCUCCUCAACAUGGCCAUUUACGUCUUCUCCUCCGUCAAGUACAAGCAGAAGAAGUCUUCUUAGGGUUUCUCCUCUUCUUCUUCUUUGUUGUUCCCACCAUACCAAAGUCUGUGAAUUUUGCAAUCUCUGUAGUCGUUUUUUUUCGUUUGGUUUACGUUCGAAGCUUCUGUAUUAUAUCAAACGAACACAAAGGGUUUAUUUUUCUUUGUUUUUUUUUUAAAUGAAAUAUCGCCCAAAAACUGUACACUUUAAACAA